AUGUCAACACUUUAUCUUACAGGACCUCAACCUACUUAUUAUUCAUUAGAUAGUAAUGUUGCUAGGAAAUUAAAGGACAUUUGUAAGGAGAUGGAAGUUUUGAUCAUCAAUACUAAUUCUAAGUUUUCGAGCCUAUUGUAAAGUCAGUAAAAUAGCUUUUAUAAGGCAUUUAAAUUGGUUGUCGAACAAAUGUCUGCAGAUUUUAAGAAUUUGUAAUAAAAAUUUGAUGAAUACAUUUCAUAUCAUGAAAACGAGACAGAAGUAAGAUUAUUUAGUAAAUUUGGUUAGGUAGUCAAAACUUAAAAUAAAUUGAUUUUUUUUAGAGAUGAAUGUCAGGUUCUCAAUAAAUUAUGUAUAGAUUUGAAACACCAAAACCAAGAGUUAAAAUAGAAAGUCAAAGAUCUUGAAUAAGUAAUAUAAUUAUUUUAUAUCGAAAGGAAAUCAACAAUCAUAAAUUUAUACUAGUUAAAUAAAUUAGUAAGAACUCAAAAAUAAAUGAAGAAAUGGAGAUUAUGAAACUACAAAUGUAAUUAGGUUAACACUCUUAAUAAAUUAAUAAGAAUGCUGAUUAGAAUGUCACAAAUGACAAGAAACUAAAAGUUCCCCAUCUAAAAUUAAAUAAUAGAUAUCACACAGAAUUAACAGAUUAUGAUCAUUAAAGCAUUAGUACUUUCAGCAAUAAAAAUUAAAUUAUUAAUCUUUAAAAGGAUACUAAAUAAAGGAAAAAUCUAUCAUUUGUUAACAAGACAAGUGAAGAAUUAACUAAUGCUUAAUCAAGCAAAUAACACUUAUAUCAUAUAGGUUAGAAUAAUAUUAUUAAUUUUAGAUCAAUUUUUUGAGAAAUCAUUUAAUUCCAGAACAAAAUCACAACAACAUACUUUAAAAAAGUUAGAGCAAACUGAACUAAGUUAAAAGGUUCCAGAAAGGAGUUCAUCAAAUUUAAAAUAUAACAAAGUAAGUACUUAAUAUUACAAAAAUAAUCCAUCCAUUUCCUGUUGA